AUGACUUUUGUGUGGAGAAUGAUGUAUUUGUUCGAGGUAGAAAAGAAAAUAUGCCAUCACUGUCACGAGGAGAUGAAAGAUAUAAUAAAAUACGUCGGCUACAACGAUGCGGAAGAAGUUGUUGAUUGGUACUGGGGAUGUAGUAAAUGUAGAGAACCUAUACCUCACUGGGUGAUAGAAGAUCCCCCUUCUUUAGAGGAAUGUGGGUACAGUUGGUGUGUAAAAUAUUUCCUAUGGAAAAAUGGGGUAGACCAUAUGAUACCACCUUGGGCUAAGUUUACCAGAAACAGAGAGAUAGAGAGAUGUCCCACCUGUUGGGAAGAAAAGACCGAAGGGAGAUGGAAAUGCAGACAAUGUGAGGACGUUUCAGGACACCCUAUUACAAAACCUACAACGACUACCCCCUCCACAACUACUCCCUCCACAACAACUACUCCCUCCACGACUACCCCGACUACAACAACGACAGCGACUACAACAACAACACCGACUACAACAACUACAACACCGACACCGACAACCAAGACACCGACAACAACAACAACACCAACAACAACACCGACAACUACAACAACACCGACAACUACACCAACGACGACAACGACGACACCGACAACAACGACUACUUCCACGACAACUACAACCUCGACUACAGCUCCUAAUACUACCUCAGCGACAACACCAACAAAGAAGACAACCACCACCAAACCGACACCAAAGAUUACCAUACCACCAUCAAAAACCACGACAGAGAAAGUAACACUUCCACCGUCUCACCCAACAAGCACGGUCAAUGCCUCUACAACGACGACAAACCCUACAACCACAGCCCCACCCCUCAGGUUCCAGGGGGGCAUAGACCAUUAA